UUCGGGACCAAGUGCGCGGGCUGUGCCCAGGGCAUCUCCCCCAGCGACCUGGUCCGCAGGGCGCGGAGCAAAGUGUUCCACUUGAACUGUUUUACGUGUAUGAUGUGUAACAAGCAACUCUCCACCGGCGAGGAGCUCUACAUCAUAGACGAGAACAAGUUUGUCUGCAAAGAAGAUUACCUAAAUAACAGCAAUACUGCCAAAGAAAACAGCCUGCAUUCAGCCACCACCGGCAGUGACCCCAGCCUGUCCCCCGACUCCCAAGAUCCCUCCCAGGACGACGCCAAGGACUCGGAAAGCGCCAACGUGUCCGACAAGGAGACGGGAAGCAACGAAAACGACGACCAGAACCUGGGAGCAAAGCGACGGGGACCUCGCACCACCAUCAAAGCCAAACAGCUAGAGACUCUGAAAGCUGCUUUCGCGGCCACCCCAAAACCCACCCGGCACAUCAGGGAGCAGCUGGCACAGGAGACCGGGCUCAACAUGCGGGUCAUCCAG